UUCGAGCGCAACUAGUGGAGAAAGCGACGCUCGUAGGCGGUAACCGGUCUACGCCACGCCGCUGCACUCCCCUCCUCUCCCGGUAAUGGCGACAGGCCGGAGUACGGCGCAGAAUUUCUGGCCUGGAGCUCUACCGCGCCUGCGCAAUACGUCACUCCCGACGUCUGCGAUCCACCGGCCAAUGAUCAGCCAAUCAGCGGGCGCCUAUGGAGCAGGAUUGAGCGCUGCCAUUGGUGGGAGACAAGGGCCAGUCAUCAUCCGAUCCAGCCCAGAUCAGCGAAAACAGAUAAGAGGAUGGCUCGUCUAACAAAGAGGCGACAAGCGGAUACGAAAGUCAUUCAGUACUUAUGGACAGCUAUAGAAGUGAUCAGGAACCAGAAACAGAUUGCAAAUAUUGAUCGAAUUACUAAGUACAUGACCCGUGUCCAUGGCAUGCACCCAAAGGAAAUAUCACGUCAACUCAGCCUAGCUGUAAAAGAUGGCCUGAUAGUGGAGACGCUGACUGUUGGAUGUAAGGGAUCGAAAGCUGGUAUUGAGCAGGAAGGUUACUGGUUACCAGGGGAUGAAAUUAUGAAACAUCACCAAAUUAACGGAAGAGAGGGAAAAUCAGUGAAUGCACCUGAGGAUUGGGAGACAGAAACUCAUGACUGGUACUGUUUUGAAUGUCAUUUACCCGGAGAGGUGAUGAUAUGUGACCAGUGUUUUCGUGUCUACCACCCUAAAUGUUUACCUGAUGACUUAAGGCUCAGGGAUAGCAACAAUCAUUGGCAGUGCCCGGUUUGUAAGACUAUGAAGAAGAAAAGCUCCAACAAGCAGGAGAUGGGGAAAUACCUGCGGUUCAUUGUGUCCCGUAUGAAGGAGAGGGCUAUUGAACUCAACAAGAAGGGGAAGGACAGUAAACAUCCCAUGUACAGACGGUUGGUGCACACAGCCAUCGAUGUUUCCACUAUUAAUGAGAAAGUAAAUGAAGGAAAGUAUAAGAGUUAUGAAGAGUUCAAAGCCGACGCUCAGCUUCUUCUCCAUAACACCAUUCUUUUUUAUGGAGAUGACAGUGAGCAGGCCGAUGUGGCAAAGGUUCUGUACAAAGACACUUGUCAUGAGUUGGAUGAGCUGCACUUGUGCAAAAAUUGCUUCUAUUUGUCGAAUGCUCGGCCUGACAAUUGGUUCUGCUAUCCAUGUAUCCCUAAUCACGAAUUGGUGUGGGCCAAGAUGAAGGGCUUUGGCUUCUGGCCUGCAAAAAUCAUGCAGAAAGAAGACAAUCAAGUCGAUGUGCGUUUCUUUGGCCAUCAUCACCAAAGGGCCUGGAUCCCUUCUGAGAAUAUUCAGGAAAUUACUGUAAAUGUGCAUCAGCUCCAUGUAAAGCGAAGCAUGGGCUGGAAAAAAGCCUGUGAUGAGUUGCAGCUGCACCAACGCUUCCUUCGUGAAGGGCGAUUCUGGAAAUCCAAAGGAGAAGAUAAGGGGGAGGAAGAAGCAGAAUCAAGUAUCUCAUCUACUAGUAAUGAACAGAAGGCAACUCAGGAACCAAGAGCCAAGAAGGGGCGUCGCAACCAGAAUGUGGAACCCAAGAAGGAAGAUCCAGAGCCAGAACCUGAGACGGAAGCUGUGAGCUCAAGCCAAGAAAUCCCUUCUCUGCCGCCACCAGUUGAAAAGGUGUCUGUCUGUACACAGACAAAGAAGCAAAGUGCCUCAUCUCCAAGAAUGUCGCACCGCAGCACGCAGACCAGUAAUGACUCCGGCGUGUGUCAGAACAUGUGUCAUGACAAGUACAGUAAGAUCUUCAAUGACUUUAAAGAAAGAAUGAGCACAGACAACAAGAGGGACACGGAAAGAGCCGUGCGGGAAGCCAUUGACAAGCUGCGAGCUGAGAUGGAGGAGGAGAAGAGGCAAGCCGUUAACAAAGCCGUGGCCAAUAUACAGGGGGAGAUGGAUAGAAAGUGCAAACAGGUGAAAGAAAAGUGCAAGGAAGAGUUUGUUGAAGAGAUUAAGAAGUUGGCAGCACAACAUAAGCAGCUGAUAUCCCAGACCAAGAAGAAGCAGUGGUGCUACAACUGUGAAGAGGAGGCAAUGUACCACUGCUGCUGGAACACUUCGUACUGCUCCAUCAAAUGUCAGCAGGAACACUGGCACGCUGAACACAAGAGAACCUGUCGCAGGAAAAGAUGAAUGGUCCCCUCCCUCUCGCGUUGUUUCCUUGAUCUCUCUCCUCAAACUCUGUGUUUUGUUUUAAUUUCCAGGAUGCCGUACCCGCUUUCUAUCUGCAUACCGUCUCCGAAGCAGCUCCUAGUUUGCUCAGUACUGGAAGAUCUGCCGAUUGCACAACUCCAGUACUGAAGCGCCAAAAACUUUUCUCCACAAAGAAAUAUUUUGCACAAUCUUCCCUGUGCUUGUAUUCAGUCUCUAACCUGUCGGCUGCCAGAGGACCCCGCACUGUAUUUUAUUCCAAUACGUGCAUGACAUCUCUUCUGAAAACCACCAAGGUUAGACGUCGUUCCUUCCUGUACUAACACACGAGAAGUUGGAAGCGCGUUUUACAUUCAUAAUGGAAUUAUACACAGUCGUUUUUGCUAGUCGAUUUUUGCAUUUCAGGUUCAAGGCGUUUGUUUUUUAUUUGUUUAAAUGUUUUGACCAUUUUAAGAUAAUUUUUAGCAAAUCUACGCCAGCCAAGCAGCAGGUCUUAAUGCUCUCCUAUUAAAGCAGAGGCAAAAGAGGCACCAUAUUUUGGUCUCAUGGAGUAACCCUGGACCACAAUUUUAGCUGUUAGCAAAGAUCAAUACACAGUGAGCCAAAUGUGUGGUGCCAGUCUGUGAAUGUAAAGAAACCAGAGGGGGAGUGUACUACCUUUUAGGCAAAGCCUCACAUCUGAAACCUGCCAAGCUCGCGUCAUUGUGUUCCUUCUACCUUGAAAGGCAUUUUUAAUUCAUUCUGUACCAGGGGGUUUUAAGAUUUUUGGGAACAGGGUUCACUUAAGCAAGAAAUGUUUUUUUUUUCUUGCAUAUUUUAUUUUAAUAUAUAUCCCAUGUUUGUUCAUUACUUAUUUUCAAUAUAUAACUUUUAUAAAGAAAUGAAAUAUAUUAACUUUGAUUGCAUAGUUUUAAAUACAGGUAAUCUAAUCUUAGAUCAUAGGCGUUACUUUACAAUUUGCACAGUUCAUAGUCCUAUGGAGGCACACUUAAGAGACCGUUCAAACCAAGAAUCGACCUUGGAUGACUUUUUACAGGGUUUAUUAAGCUCUCAUGUGUGCCGUUAUUGUACCUUUUUAGAAUGAAUUCACCCGUUCACACUACUGCUAGGCAUGCACAUUUGUCACCAGGGGCGUUUCUCAGGGUCACCUUGCUCUGGGAAUCUAGGACUGAUGCCCCAAAUAUAUAGGGGCUUCGUAGGUAGGAAGUGUGGUUAAGCUUCUAAUCAUUUACAGAAUUUUAAGUAUCAGAUAUCUGGUGUCGCAGGUUACCGUGUCACACUAAGUAUGCACAAGAUCAGGGCACCACUGCCAUUUAAGCUAAUACAAUCAAUACAUACGAUAUGUGUAAUGUUAAGGUGACCACUGAUUUUGCAACAAAUUACUUCGUAAAUUGGGCUAAGAAGCCUACACCAUAAUUCGGAUACAUGAAAGGGGUUUUCCCAUCACAUACAAUGAGGGCAUAUCGCUAGGAUAUGCCCCAAUUGUCUGAUAGGUGCGGGUCCCACCUCUGGGAGCCGCACUUACAACGAGAACGGAGCAGGGAAAUGAACGGAGGGCGCACUGCGCAUGCGCAGCUGCACUCCAUUAAUUUCUAUGGAGCCGCUGAACAUAGCCGACCGCUUGCUCAGCUAUUUAUGUCUGCCCCAUAGAAAUGAAUGGGAGCAGGGGCUGCGCGUGCGCUGUGCACUCCCAUUCACUUGUAUGGGAACAGCACUUGGUGGUGGACAGAGACCGGGAAACCCGGGGUCCUCCUGCCACAGCUCUCCCCGCUCCGCUCUCCUUGUAGGUGCGGGUCCCAGGGGUUGGAACCGCACCUAUCAGACAAUGGGGGCAUAUCCUAGCGAUUUAAUUUUGAGACCAAAACCAAAAAUCUGUUGGUAGGCAGCACCUGGUUACAAUUAAGCGGCAUUAAGUUUUUUUUUAAAUGGUAAAUGAACUAACCUUGCAAAUAGCCUGUAUCAAAAUACUUACAGAUAUUAUGAAGACCUUUGUGUCUCCAUAGUAACAGACUACGCGCAAACUGCUGUGUGUGAGCCUCCAGUCAUAUUACCCCCCUUGCUAACCUAUGUGUUUAUAUAUGAGUGUUAGUAAGAAGUAUAACUGCACUGCAGGAUCAGACAACACAGGGCUUGUUUGUAGUCUGUAACCAUGGUAACCCAGGCACUGGAACAAUAAAACAAAUGUAUUAUUUAAAUAUGUUGGCAAAGUUGAACCUGUACUUUAAAGGGGUUUUCUGACACUUAUGACACUACGACUGUUGCAAACCUACAAAAUACAGUCAGUUUGUCAUUUCCAACAGUGUCGCUGUUCCUGCUUUCAGGCACAGGUCACACAGUAUCUACCAAGUACAUUGGUCCCGUGGUUGGCAUCUUCUAAUCAAUUCCCCCAGUGUACAGGGCGUCAUCAGAGAUGUAGUACCCAGGGGGCUUGUUAAUCUAAUGGCAGCAGUAAGCGAUACAGAGUGUAGCCACAGGACUGUUGACUUCUGGGAUUUAUAGUUUUCAGCUUCUUGCCGAAAAUACAGACACUCCCCACACACGAAAGACAAUUAUAAUGUGAAUUCCUUCCAGACCAUGAGUCUGCUGAACUGUAUUCACACCAUUAUGUGACUCAGGUUUAGCAGACUAAUGAUCUGGAAGGAAUCAUAAAUCAUUAUGAUUCUGCGAAUCCACUUCGGAUGAGCAGCAUCCAUAACGGGAAAUACAGCUCCCACAUGGAGCGUGUUUCCCGCAGCGACCGCGCUCGUCUGAAACUGGCCUAAGCCUACAAAAAGGUUUGAUUUGGCAACGAGAUGCUGAACUAAUGAAAACGGUACCAUUGAUAUUUAAGGGCAUUUCUAGUUCAUUCCCAGCCUACCAGAAACUAGUAGGAAUUUCCUUGCUGUUGGCGUCCCUAAUGUCUGCAGUCAAAUACCCAGCAAUUACUUUCAGGAAGAGCUUUGCGACGCGUCGCUUCCUCCACACACGCACUGACGAUUAAUGCAUGCCAGUUUUCUUGUCAAAUGUCAGUUUUUGCAACAUCUUAAGAACAUGAACCAUAGGAAUGGAUCGAUAGUUGACUAGUGUUUUCACCGAGAAAUCUUUCACCAUGUUGGGAGAGGGGUUGCCUUCCAAUCCACGUCAUUAGCCACUUUUAUCAUUGUUGUAUUUUAAUUCUUCUUAUGUUUUUAGGUGUGAAAGGAAGUUCGUUUGUUUCUUUUUUUUGUUCUGUUUUCAUGUGAGGAUUCUGAGCAGGAAUGUAGAGAAAUCUAAGACGCUAGCUAUUUGGAGAGAAGGAUACCGAGGAAGACUUGUACAUAUAUUUAGAUCUUUGAUAUUUAUUGCAAGUGGUUAGAAAAUGGCAUUGGAAAAUGUCAACCUGGGAGCCGUAGUGAAUACUGACACAUGGGUAACAGCCAAGUUGCUGUGGGAUGCACGUCACCUAUUGGUAUGCUCCAGCCGUGUCAUAUUUAGCUUUAUACGUUACAAUCAGACAUGACAUCAGCACCUUCCUCGUUCCAGCCACAUAAAUGAUACCACUCCACUGCUGUAAUGGGCUAUGGUACAAUCCUGACAGAGCAGAUACGAUAUCUGCAAUAUCGAUCCAGACCUAUGAAUGAAAGUGUAUCGUGAAAUAAAUAAAUAAAUACUUUGAUGUAAUAUCAUUCCAAGAAACAUACAAUAUUACGGUUAUCUGCAUGAGAUUAAGACUUGUGUUAUCUGGGCUUCUUUUCCUGUGUCUUUUGACAUGGUUGCACAUUGCAGAGUCAAAUCUGUGUGAAAACAAAAAAAAAAUAUAUCAAUUAAGAUUGUGGCCUGGUUUUGUAUAUGUUGUAAGUUAAAGUGAAAAGAAAAAUGACAAAAAAAAUGCAAAAUGUUUUGAGACAGUUACUACAAAACUGAAUUCACUUCUGUUUCUUAAGCUGUACUAAGAUGUUAAGCUUGGCCACUAUGCACAUUGUAAUUAUCCAUUGUGGCUGGUCUAGUUCUUUCACACAUUCUGCCAUUUUGUAAGCUGCUCUUACUAGCAAUAUGUGUUAACAUUUGUUAAUAAAUGUAUUUAAAAUUA